AAUAAGAAAGUAAAACGUGCCCUGAUGAAUGCUGGGUGUUAAUAAAGUGUCGCUGGUGCCAUUAUUCUGGGCAUAAUUCAAACAAUAGGAUGAAGUCAGAAUUUCUACCGUUUAUCUGGCCGCACCUCCACCCGCAUGGUUCCCAUGUUAAUCACCUCCUGCUCGGUUCCUGGGAACUCCUACAGGUGUUAACCGUUGGUUGAGACAUCUCUGUGGUGUUUUUUUGUUUGUUUGUUUUGGUGAAGAUGUGGGUCACUUCCUUUGAUUAUUAUAGGCAGAUAAAAUGACAUGAUCAGGUGCGUGACAACUGUGGACUCUGAUUGGAUUGCUGAAACUUUUAGAAAUUCUCGCCAGACCGCACCCACGGCAUUGCCUAUAAACAUCUGCCAAAGUGAGCAGUGUCGGAUAUCGGUCGAGCCUCCGUUUUGGCAGACCAAUAAGGAAACCGCUUAACCCCGAAGCCACACAUGCUCUCUGAAGAGAGUCAGACACCUUUAAGCCUCCUGGUGCAGAUAUACACUGAUGCCACAGAUUCACCUGAUAUCAUUUGUCCAUUCAGACUUUUACUCAGCUCUUCAACUGCUCUUUGGGAUUGGAUCACAGUUUACACUGAGAUGCAAAACAGGUGCCUCCUUCAAGUUCUUUUCGCCUCAUCAUUACUCGUUUUAUCACGAGCACAGUAUGUGAUCGGAUCGGAUCCCUCCUGCGUCAGAUCGAGUCCUGCCGAGGACGGACGGACGCGCGUCACGUUUCUGCGGGAAGACGCAGCCGGCGUGCGCUCCCUGUACCUCAGCCUGUGGUCCGAGGACGCGCGCCUGCUAUCAUGUGAAGGACACACAGAUCCAGUCGUCAUGGAGAGUUACGGCGCUCUUUGCAGCACAGGCGGCACCCAGGAUCAAGAAAUCAUGCGGAGGUUUAAUAUCAGUGCAUUGCUGGCUCCGGAUGCUCCCUGCGCGCCAAAGUUCUCCAGGCGCGUAAGAAGAGAUGGCACAGAGGGGAAGAGCCGGAGGAAACGCGCCUGGUUUUUCCCAGGGACGCUGUGGUGCGGCACUGGAAGCAAAGCUGCUAAAUACGAGCAGUUAGGGAUGUUUGAGCAUGCAGACAGAUGCUGCCGUGAGCACGACCACUGCCCGCAUAUCAUCCCAGCAUUAACUGUGAAUUAUGGAGUCUUCAACUCCAAAUUCUUCACCGUCUCUCACUGUGACUGUGACCAAAGAUUUCGACAGUGCCUCAGUGGCGUCAACGAUACCAUCGCCAGCAUGGUGGGCUACAGCUUCUUCAGCAUCCUGCAGGUUCCGUGUUUUGAGCUCCAACAGAGGAGGCGAUGCACUGAGCUGUACUGGUCCGGAAUGUGCAAAAAGGCCAGCAAGGCUCCAUAUGCUGUCUUCAAGAACCCCCUCCCUUACAACAGCACUAAUGCUUCAAGCAAAUAUGAGGACAACACAAAUGACAGCAACAAAUUAGAUCGUACAGAGGGGCAGAAUGGAACUGAGAGCCCCGCGGUUGGCCAACACACAAAGUCGAAAAGUGAACAUAACUGUGGCUCCGAAGACCCACCACGGGGAGACUCUUUGAAAGGCAGAAUGAGAAAGGGGAAAGGAUGUGGAAGACACAGGAAACUUUCCACAGUUGCACCCUCCCAGAUACCCUCAGUGUCGAGGGCACACAAGACCUCUCCCUCAGUGGACACCAGUCUUUUACGUGCUCCUAAAAAGAGCACGUUGCUGCCAAGCAAAAAAAGAGGUGGAAAAAAGAACACCAGAAAGGGCCAGAAAGCUCCACCACCUGAGACAACAAGCAUUUACCCUCGCACAACACCUACAACACAGAAGCCAACAGCCGACACGGCGAUGAACAAAACCACAAAAAGUCGCGAAAUACUUACAACACAAAGUCCAUGUUGCGGCUUCAGGACGCCUCUGAGAGGUGACACUUUUCAGCCUCACUGUAAAACUUGUCAAAAACAAAAAACAACGACUCACACGGCAACUGUUCCACCCUCAACGACUACACACAGAUUACCGGUCACAGUGACCACACGCUCGACGGCAUCACCUGAACGAGACACUUGGAGUACGACUACUUCUGCCACACCGGCCACAACAAAACUAAAGAGAGCAGCCUCCACUGAGGUUGGCACGCCAGAAAGGCAGAUGGAUUCCCAUCUUCUGUGGAAUAACACAAACCAGGAGCCCAUGAGAGGAACCGAGGCCCCAAACACGCAUUCAGUGAGGGGCCUGAAACUGAACAGUGCGUUACAUAAUCUGACAGACAAUCAGCUGCUGUGCAGAAGCCUCAAACAUCUGGAUGAAUGCAAAUAUAAAAUCCUCCCUUUGGAGAAGAAGUAUGAUCUGCAGAACAUGGAGCCAAAGACUGCCUACCACUGUGACUGCACCAGCCGCUUGGCUCUUCAGAUUGAAAGCUUCAAGCAACCCCACGCUCUCCCAACACUACUGAUGGAUUUCGUCUCUCAGAACUGCUUUAAACUGCCAAGGAAGAAAGAAUGCCACAGCAGAAAAAGCUGUUCCAGAGGCUUCGCUAAAGCCUCUGACCUACUUCAAGCACUUAAGAAGAUAGAGGAAAAAGGCACUGCAGGGGUGCGAAAUUCGGGCAAUGGCAGAAAAAGAGGGAUUCCUGUACGUCUUUAUAAGCGGUGCCUAAGGCUGGAGAGAGAGACAAGCUGAUAUUAUGGCACGUCUCACAUGAUUAUAGACUAAGCUGCUGUGUGCAGCAACAAUGAAAUGCAUAGGCAUUUACAUUUCAUGCAUUUCUUCUUCUCUUUGAUGGUGUAAAAUGGCACUGUGUUGUUCAAGGACUCAGACACUUGAAUAUUGUAGGGUGUGUACCAUGGUUUUACAUUUAAGCAUAUUUAUAAAGAACUGUAACCCAAAGAUGCAAUCCAUCAGAUUGUAUAUUGGAAAAGUAAUAAAAAUCAUUUAUUUUUUGUUUUCUGUUUGGAUCUAGUGAUUGGUUUGAUAUCAUGUGUCAGGGGCAUUUUCACAAAUAGUCAUGGUGCAACAUAUGCACUGCAUAUUGAUUAAAAGAGGAAAACUAAUACUUUCCAAAAUGACCCACAGCCUGCCAGGUAUCAUUAUCUUAAA